AUAGCGUGCACUGUGCAGUUCAGGUGCACGUGAGCGAGGGCGAGCGCCGCAUUCCUCAAAGAACACUCUAGAAAAACCGUUGGACUCGACGUCAAUCAAAACCAGGACGACGACGACGAACACAUUUCUAAAAAGAGACGGAAGAUAUCUUUCGAGGUGAGUGUCAUAGCGCAUACUGCGAGUGAAAUAUACAAUAAACGUUAAGUUACUUGUCAGGGGAAACUUUUCAUUGUAUUUUGCAAAAGUUUUACCGUGUUUUGUGACAUUAAUGCUAAGAUUAGUAUCAGUCUACUGUUAGUUGACUGAGGAGCCUGACCAACCGUGUUGGCUAAUAAAUAUGUUGUUUCACAAACACUGAACUGUAUGUUAAGUUAAGUAACUUAAGUGUAAGUUAACUGGGGUCGUUCUUUUCUUGACUUUCUCCAGAUAUAAAGUUAUAACACUACCGUUUAAUAUCUUUUCAAAUCACUAAUAGCGAAAAGUGGCAGGCUGUAUCGCUAGCUGCAUCGUUACCAUGGAUACUGUGUAGUCUUGUAACGUUAGUGUCUCGCCUGAUAGUGUAGAGUCCAUUUAAAGGAUUAAGUUAGUUCACCUCAAAAUGAAAAUGUCCUGAUAAUUUACUAACCCCUAUGUCAUUCAAGAUAUCCAUGUCUUUAUUUCUUCAGUGGAAAACAAAUAAAAAAUUUUGAGGGAUACACAUUCAGACUUUAUUGGCAACCAACUAUCAAAAUGUUCAAAUAAGGUUCAAAUGUCCGUGUCCAAUCAUAAAAUACUGUCAACAUGCUUAAAUUUUUUAAUUAUUAAUGUUUGUCAUUACUGGGCUGCUGUAGAUGGGUAAUAGGCUUACAUUCAUCCUAGUGUUUUAAUUUGUUUGUUUUGUUAUUUUGUGUCUUUCUUCAGGUUAUGACAGACUUCACAGGUUGGACUUCUGUCCAAGUUUGCCAGUGGUUGAAAGAUAUUGACUUGGGGGAAUUCUGUGAAACUUUUGAGGAACAUGAGAUAGAUGGAGCCACUCUUGCUGUUAUCUCAGAGAGGAUGUCUGAGAGGCUCUUUCCGGUCAUUCGCAAACAGAGUCUGUUUCUGACCCAGUUGGAGAAACUUAAAAGCACACCAAUGAGCAGAGAGAACCCUCCAAGAAACAUUGAUAACUCCAGCCAAGCACAGUCCGGUCCAGAUACCUCUUUAGUUUUUCCAACAGUGCUGAGGAUGGCCAUAGACAGAAGAGAUUCUGAUCUGAAGAGUGCAAGUAAAACAAAACUACGGAGUCUACUGAUCCAGUCUCUUUUUGACCACCUCAGUAAGAAAACAAUGUACCCAACUCAUCUUCAAUACAUUGAGCUUCUGUCAAAUGUGAUAAUGGAUUACCCAUAUCUAAGGGAAAGUAUUGGGCCUGGAUAUGAUGCCCUGCUUGAAUCACUCAGAAAUAAGUUUAAGAAGGAAAGGCAGCCUCUUGUUGCCAACAAUGAAAUACAGCGACUGAAAGAGAGAUGGGCAAGAAGGAAGCGACCUCUUCAGACAGCGGAAGCUUAUCCAAGUACCAUGGUUGAUGCAGGAGAAGAUGAAAGAAGCAUCAGGGAACAUCUCCGAGUAAUAAAGGAGGAAACCGAGAAGCUUAGACCAAACUUGGAGCUUCUUAAAGAAAGGAUGGCGCUGAUAAAAAUCUACCGGAGACACUUUGUGUCUAACCACAGCACGGAGGAGAUUAUCUCUAAAUUUCCAUGUUUCAGACUGGCCAAAAUGCUCCUUUGGGAUCUGAGAGACCGUACCAACGUUGAUGUGGACCAACAGAUUCUCUCUCAGCUCUCGGUAAUGGCACCUAAAAUCCUUCAAGUUUCACGGAGUCCCCUGAUGGAGAAGUUCAGGUGUGUGGUUGAUGACUGUGAAGAUGGCAGACUGAAAAAAGGACUACAGUUGGAAGCAGCUAUUCUGCUCUUGCCUGCACUGUUUAAGGAGGACCCGGGGUUGCUGUUUGAAGUUGAGGGCCAUGCUCAGACCUGCCCUCCUGACACACCAACACCUAAAAUGGUGCUCAAAGGCUGCAGGGAGGGUAAUCCCAUGCAAUACGACCACAUUGUCGUCAUGUUGGAUGGCCAGUCCAUUACUGAGGAGAGUGAGGACAUCUCAAUGGCACUGGGCCUCAUCCUUUGCACAUAUUUUCUGUUUGGGAUCCAAUAUCCUAAAGGACUGAAAAAGACACUGACCUUCCUGGAGUGCAUUGUCUUAAAAAUGAAGGAUGCAGCCGGACUUCCCGUCACAAUUAAAAGAGUGUACAGCUCAAUCUGUGCAUAGAGUCUCUCUGUCUCUCUCUCAUAUUCCAUUUUCUAUUUUUUCAGCCAGUGUUGUUAGUUAAAAAGCACUGAUUAUAUUUGCAACUAAAAUAAAUGAAUUAAACUGUUAAAA